CGUUCCCCUCAAACCACAACGCAUCCUUCAUAAAUACAUAGUAAAAACAAUCCCACCACUCUUUCCCACACGCUCUUCCAUCCUCUGUUUCCACCCACAGAAGCAGAGCAUGCACCGCUUCACCCUCCCCGCCAUUUUCCUCUCUCUCACCCUCAGCACCCUCACAGAUGGUGGCUCCAUUGGAGUUAACUACGGUCGCGUAGCCAACAACCUACCCUCUGCAGUGAAGGUCGUUCACCUCCUCAAAUCUCAGGGCAUUAACCGGGUCAAAGUCUACGACACCGACCCGGCAGUGCUCCGGGCACUAUCCGGAUCCGGUAUCAAAGUCACGGUCGAUCUACCCAACCAGCAACUCUUCGCAGCCGCCAAAGCACCUUCCUUUGCACUCUCAUGGGUUGAAAGAAACGUCGCCGCUUACCACCCGCACACCCAAAUCGAAGCCAUUGCCGUCGGCAACGAGGUCUUCGCCGAUUCACAUAACUCCACCAAGUUCCUCGUACCCGCCAUGAAAAACAUCCACCAAGCACUCCUUAAACACAACCUCGACUCCGACAUCAAGGUUUCCUCCCCCAUUGCCCUUGCCGCUCUCGGAAACUCUUACCCUUCUUCCGCCGGGUCAUUCCGACCCGAACUCGUUGAACCCGUUUUUAAACCCAUGCUGGAUUUUCUCCGCCAAACCGGGUCCUACCUCAUGGUAAACGUGUACCCUUUCUUCGCUUACGAGUCCAACGCUGACGUCAUCUCUUUGGACUACGCGCUCUUUCGCGACAACCCGGGUGUCGUGGAUCCGGGUAACGGGUUAAGGUAUUAUAACCUUUUUGACGCCCAAAUCGACGCCGUUUUCGCCGCGCUAAAUGCUUUGAAAUACGACGACGUUAGCAUCGUUGUUACGGAAACAGGAUGGCCGUCUAAGGGAGAUAAUAAUGAAGUGGGUGCGAGCGUAGAGAAUGCCGCUGCCUACAACGGCAAUCUCGUCCGUAAGAUCUUGACGGGUGGUGGGACCCCCCUCAGGCCCAAAGCUGCUCUCACCGUCUAUUUGUUCGCGCUUUUUAAUGAGAACCAGAAGCCGGGGCCCACUUCCGAGAGGAACUUCGGGCUUUUUUACCCUGACGAGAGAAAAGUUUACGAUAUUCCGUUAACGGCAGAGGAGCUCAAGGAUUAUCACGACCGUCCGUCGCCGGUUAGCGGCGGUGGCCAGCGGCAGAACACUCCGGCGCCCGCUCCCGUCGUUGGGGGCGGCGGUGUUUCGAAGAGUACCACUGGGAACACGUGGUGCGUUGCGAACCCGUAUGCGGAUAAAGUGAAGCUGCAAGCGGCUCUAGAUUUUGCUUGUGGCGAGGGAGGUGCUGAUUGCCGUCCGAUUCAACCUGGCGCCACGUGUUACAAUCCUAACACGGUUGAGGCGCACGCUUCGUUUGCGUUCAACAGUUAUUAUCAGAAGAAGGCACGCGCGGGUGGUAGCUGCUAUUUCGGGGGUACGUCGUACGUGGUCACGCAGGCGCCGAGGUAUGGUAGCUGCGAAUUUCCUACUGGAUACUGAAAGCUAAGAGGAUUGACAUAUAAUGGCAUGAGGAUAUGCAUGUGGGUGAUUUUGCUUUGUGUAAAGUAUGAGAAGGUGGUGGUGGAGCAGUGUUUCAACUAGAAAAGUGGCCAAUUUACUUACUCGUUAGUUAUUAGUUUAAAGAUUUUUUGGGGGUUCUGGAUUGUGUUAGUUAAAUAAUAUUUGACUAGUCAUCCAGUUGGUGGGAACUGGUAAUGGGGUAGUUAAAUUAACCUUGAAGAAUUGUAUCUAAGUUUUCACCUUGCACUUCAUCACUCCAGUACUGGUCAUUCAUCUCUAGUUUAUGGAAAUAUAUUUUACUUCCA